UCCCUAAGUUAUAUCCAACAUGAAAUGAUGAAAUCACUGAUGUUCUUAACGUUUUUUACUCUCAGGAAAAGUUGGCCGAUCGCGAUAUAUACGGAACAAGGAACUUGAUGAACUCUUGUGAGAAAUCAAGAAACACUGUGAAAAGGAUUGUUCUCACAUCUUCUUCGACCUCAGUCCGGUACAGUUAUGAUGCCACAAAAGCCUCUCCACUUAAAGGAUCGCAUUGGAGCGAUCUUGAGUACUUUAGAAGCUUCAGUAUCUGGUACGGUUAUGCAAAGACUCUAGUGGAGAAAGAAGCUUGGUUGAUCGCAGCCGAGAAGAAUCUAAACCUAGUGGUCGUAAUCCCUUCAUUUUGUAUCGGUCCAAUACUUAGUCCAAAACCCACAAGCUCCCCUUCAAUUUUUCUCUCUAUAAUCAAAGGUGUUCAUGGAGAAUACCCAAAUUUCAGAGGAGGGUUUGUGCACAUAGACGAUGUCGCUGCUGCACAAAUAUUAGCAAUGAAAGAGCCUAAAGCAUCAGGAAGAAUCAUAUGUUCGAGUUCAGUGGCUCACUGGUCAGAGAUCAUUGAGAUGCUGAAACCCAAAUACCCGUUAUACCCAUUUGAGACCAAGUGCGGUAGUGAAGAAGGGAGAGAUAUGCCUCAUAGCUUGGACACAAGAAAGAUACAUGAACUUGGCUUUCGGUCCUUCAAAUCAUUACCUGAGAUGUUCGAUGACUGUAUCAAGUGUUUCAAAGACAAGGGUCUACUCUGAAACCAAACCGCUAUCGUUAUCAGGAAAUCAAAGUGAUCCAGCUUAUGUUGAUCCUUUAAAGUUUAUUCAAACAUUAAAUAAUCUACUUGUCUUAUGAUUCUGCACUGUCAUUCCCAUUUUCUUGGAGUUUAGGAUUCGUCACUAGGUCUUGUAGAUUAUCUUUGGACAAAGUAGCAUAGAUGAUAGAUAGGUCGACUGAUAAUGUCACAUGUGUCUGUCCGUACAAAGAACGGUGAAAGAGGAUGUGUGAGAACUAUUCCACAAAAGUAGUCGAGAAUGCCGAGAGUCUCUCAUUUGGUUAUGUUUGUUCACAGUCACAAUCACCGUUAGCCUCCUUCAGAAGCAGGGCUGGCUAACUAGAGGGGACAAAUGAUGCGACCUCUGCGGGUUCAACCCCGUGUCUUCCGUAUAUGCCCUCGUAUAUUAAUAGUUAAAGGGUCCAUCUUAUUUAUAUAAAUGCACAUUUUUUACAUAAUGUUUUAAAAAAAAAUUGAAAAGGACCCAAAAAUAUUUUAAUGUAUAUAGUUUUGUACUUAUGUUUACAUCACAAAAUAUUACUGUUAAAUUUUUUAAAACAAAAAUAUAUAUUUAAAACAUUGAAAAUAUAAAUUUAAAAGUAAGAGAAUUUUUUUUUACCCUAGGACCCCUAACAAUAUUAAGUCGGCCUUAUUCAGAAGCAUAAAUGCAUUGUGAUGCAACUGAUUAUUGUGUAUAUCUACCUAAGUAUUGAAAAAUCAACCCUUGGCCUGACUAGUUAUAUUCCUACGUUGUAGAAACUUGAAAUCUCAGUGGUUAGAUUUUAUUUUCUGAUCAGAAUUAAGAGAGAGUUAAAAACCAACGCUUGUGGUCUAGUGGUGAUUAACUUGAGAGCAAAGCCCAAUACGGUGAAAUCAUUUGGGUUCGAGUUUCGGUUAGUGGAGAAUUAAAAUUUCUCCUAUAUAAUUCAGAAAAAAAGAAGAAGAGAGAGUUAAGAUCCUAAUAGACAUAAAAGGCCAAACCAACAAAGAAUAACACACAUAAGGCAACAUAGAAAAAAUGGAGAUUGAAGAAGGUAAAAGCCAACAUUCCUCGUGCGAAAAUGAAUUUUAGGGACGCUUUAGAAGCACAUGAACAUCUAAAGAAGAUUACAUAUUAAAAAUGUACUUCUAAGCUUUUCAAACAUAAAUGUUUCUUAUAAAAAUAUUGAAAACUUUUUGAAUAGUAUAUGUUUAAAUAUUUUUAGUUAAAUGAAUGAAUUUUGUCCUUAUAUGUUAUUUUGAAACAAAAAUGUAUUUUGAUGUUAUUUGAGACUAUUUUUUCAUAUCUAUGGUGUGUAUAUAUUAAUAUGUUUAUAUGCAGACUACUAGUUUUCUUUAAAUUAAUGAGAAAUCUUGUUAAUCAAUGAUUUUUAUUUCAUUUAUGUGAAUGAUAAAUUGGUAAAUUACCACUAUUAAAGUGUCAAAUAACUUGAAACCAACAGUCAUUAGCUCAUCUAAAAAUUACCGUCUUGGCCACUAUAUCAGAGGUAUUUGAUUCGAGUGACCGCUUGAGAUAAAACAAAUAUUACAUGAUGUGGUUUUGGACUUGAAGGAUUAUCCCGAACUUCGUGGUAUUUACAAAAAAAGACUAAAAACUUGGACAUGAAACUUUGGUUGCAUUUCAUUUAUAAAUUUACUAGGAGUUUUGCCCGCACAUACGGGCAUAAGCUUCUUAUUAAUUUAUGUCUUACUAAUCUAAAACUAACAUAAUAAAUUAUUAUCUAUGUUUUCAAAUAUUUAAAUUAAACAUCAAAGUAUUUAUAUAUGUCGAAUAUUUUUCAUCAAAAUAUAUACUUAUUAUUGUGUUAAAUUUUUUAAAACACUCAUAUUGUAGAAAUAGUUUAGAAAAUAUCUUAUAUAAAUUGUUUUGUUUGACGAAUAUUUAAUUAUAAAUGGUUUGGUAUCUUAAUUUUUUUAACUUUCAUAAUCAAAAAUAUUGUUUCCAGAUAACAACACAAUGUUUAUAAAAAUUAUCUUAUUUUUUAAUAUGUUUUUGAUAAUUUUAUUAUAUUAUUUUAUAAUCAAUUGUUUAAUAUAACAUAUAAAUUUAAUAUUAUUAAAAUUAAUUUUGUUUUGAAUUAUAUAUAAAACUCAUUAAGGAUAUUAUUUAAAUUAAUAAAUUAGUGAAUAAGUUAGAACUAAUAAGAAAUCAAUAACCUAGCCAAAAGUCUAAAACCUAAUAAAAAUAUGACAAAUAAAAAAAUUAACUAAAUAUUUAAUAUAACAUAUAAAUUUAAUAUUAUUAAAAUAAAAUUCGUUUUUAAUUAUAUAUAAGAUUCAAUAAGAGUAUUUUUUAAAUUAAUAAAUUAGUGACUCAACUAAAAAUUAAUAAUAAAUCAAUAAUUUAGCUUAAACCUAAUAAAACAUGAUAAAUAAGCAAAAUUGCCUAAAAUUAUGGAGAACAUGAUAAAUCAGAAAAUUCUUGAUAAUAUUUAAAGUUCAAUUGUUAAUAUUUAUUUAUUAAUUAAAUAUAUUUUU